CUGCUCAAUUAGUUUAUUCAGUCAAAUCGAUAUCAAUUGACAAUAACAAUUUAUUUCCCGGCUGUCUACCUCGCGCAUCAUUCGUCAUAUCUGCUCACGCGUUUCACGUCAGGAAACAGUAUUUCAAUAUCACCGCAGAAAAACCGAGCGAAAAAAGGAUUUUGGACUGAGGAGCUGCGAACAACGCAAUGUUCUAUUUCGACGAGGAUCAUAUGGAGAAUGGUUUCGACGCUCCGUUAGCAUCUGACAACGAGGACGAGCAACGGGUGAACGAAGCACUCCAUCGGCAAAAUCCGCGGCGGCAAGAGCAAGUUGAAGGUGCGGGUGAGGCGCGGGAAUCAAUUGACGGACAGCCACAAAACAACAAAGAGUGGCAACGAGCAAAAAAUUCUGGUUCUACGACAUCAUCCACAGGGAGCUAUGGAGGUGGUCGUUGUUCUUCGGAGACAACGACAGGAAGUUCGCCUCGCGACUUUAUUUCGGGACAUCCUGUAGAGGGUGAAUUUGAUGGUCUAAAUAAUGGAGAGUCAGAAUCCGAAGAACAGCCUGCCGAACUCGUUCCAUUAGGCAUGCGUACCUAUAGUUUAUCCGGUUGCAAAGCACGUUAUCGUAAAAAGGCUCGAAGUCACUUUGCAGAUUUCUACAAACUAAUGGAUGAUCAUCUUGGGUCAGGAGCAUAUGCAAGUGUUAAAACGGGUAUCUCACUCGCAACUGGUAAAGAAUUCGCUAUUAAACUGAUUGAUAAACAUAAAGCGGGUCAUACGCGCUCACGCGUUAUGCAUGAAGUUGAAACAUUUAAUCUAUGCAAAAAUCAUCCGAAUAUUGUACAGCUGCAUGAGUGGUUCGAAGACCAUGACCGAUUUUAUUUGGUGUUCGAGAAAAUGCGCGGUGGUCCUCUGCUUGAUCAUAUCCAACGCAAGAAAUUUUUUACGGAACAAGAAGCAAGCAAAGUAACAGAAGACAUUGCCACUGCGCUGAAAUUUUUACAUGACCGGGGAAUUGCACAUCGCGAUGUGAAGCCAGAAAAUGUGCUAUGUUCAGAUAUUGAUCGCGUAAGCCCAGUGAAAAUAUGUGAUCUCGAUCUUGCAAGCAAGGCUAGUCCUCCAUCUUCACCGCGACUAACCAGUGUCAACAGUGAGCCAGAUUUAGCAAGCCCUGUGGGAAGUGCAGAAUUUAUGGCUCCUGAGGUAGUAGAUGCUUUCGUUGGCGAUGCACUCAAAUAUGAUAAGCGUUGUGAUAUGUGGUCACUUGGUGUUAUUGUUUACAUCAUGAUAUGUGGUUAUCCGCCAUUUUACGGUGAAUGCUGGCGUGAAAACUGUGGAUGGGAUCAGGGCUUAUCAUGUAACGACUGCCAGGAAAGUUUGUUCAAACGCAUUCAACGGGGGCAGUUUGAUUUUCCGGCCCCUGAAUGGGAAAACGUAAGUGAGGAAGCGAAGGAUCUCAUUUGCCAUCUGCUGGUUAAGAAUGUGCGUCAGCGUUUCACUGCUGAUGAAGUAUUAAAGCACCCGUGGGUGAAAAAUGGCGCACCAGAGACCAAACUACAAACUCCGGGGAAUUUAUUCCGUAAUGAUAGUACUCGUGAUGUUCAUCAGAUGCAGGAGCACUUCAAUGUGAUGAAUCGUAUUGUUGCAGCGCGAUUAAGUGCUCGGAUGGAGCAAAGUGAACAUGAUUCUGAUGAAUCAGUCGAUGAACGACCAAUCUUAAGACGAUCACCAGAGUAUAAAAUAUUCGAAGAUAUUACGGCAGAUAAAAUUCUGACGAAACCAGUAGAGUCGAAGCAACCAUACAAUGUUGUUACGACGAAGGUUGAAGCAACGUUCCGAGAGCAGUCAUCGAAGCCAAAUAGUAAUGUAUCAAAAACAGCGAGAAAGAAUCCUGCGAAACAGAAAAAUAUCAAAAAAUUAGUGAUUCGUAAAGCUCCAAGUCAUGGACAUAGUGUUGUACAGUGUGGCGCUCCAGCGAUGCCUUUCAUGAAUGGAACCAACAACAGUGGCAAUCCGUAUCCUUUACACUUUUCGAAGAUAUCACUGCCUUCUCCAUUACGGUAUACAGAUGGCAUACCGUUAUUACAAACUCCCCAUGUUGUACCGCCAUCACCUUUCCAACCGCCGGGUCAAAUUGUCAGCAUGAAUGGAAUGAUUUUGUAUCCACGCAUGCUCCCACAACCUAUUUGUCCACAACAGUUGUCACCGCAGCAAAUGUUUCAUGUCGUUUCUCCAUCAUAUGUUGCCAGUGCCGCUGUUCGUAUGAUACCCUAUCAGACGACUUAUGGCAAUAAUAUCUUUCAUGAGGCAGAUAGAAGACGAGAGCUGCAGUGUAACGGGAUGUUGACAAGAGCUCAGCUACAGCAGUCAGUGGGUGGGCAAGUUCGACGAACAGUGGUAACUGUACGUUCUGCUGCAAAUCUCUCUAGACCGUCGUUCGGCGAUAAUCAGUGCGAACAGCUAGAAACUUGCCAGAGUGCUAUGGUCAAGCAGGAUUCGAAAACGGACUUACGUCAGUGUCAGACACGUGAAACUCAGGUAAACGUCUAGUAGAGUGAUCGUGGGAAUUACUCAGUGUCGGCUCACAGAACUAGUUCUCCAACUCAUUUUAAAUAGUUUUUUUUUGAAAGUUGGUGUAGUUGUCACUGACAACGAAAUCACAACCGGGAAAUCGCAAGUUAGGCCUUUGAAAUGUCAUACCAUCGUUGCAUCAGAAAAACCAGCAUUAGAUUGAGAUGAAGGUAUUUAAGCUAAAGCUGGAGGAAGUAUUCGUUCCAUUUGCAUUGCUUGCUGUUCAUUCUGCAGUUUUAUUAUUUGUAUAUUUAUUAUUUUUUCUGGAAUUACUAGGUUUGAUUUUGGUUCAUUUC